AUGGAGCUCCCUAAAACCCUGCCAUUUUCUAAGCGGCGGCUCCGACCGCGCGUUAUCAUCUCCUACAUCUUCGACUAUGUGAUCCUUGUAGCCUGUGUGGCUGGCUUCGCAAUUGUCGACUCGGUCGAACCUUACCACCAACACUUCUCCCUUCAAAACAUCUCCAUUCAAUACCCCUACGCCGUUCACGAACGAAUUCCUAUGCAGUACGCCCUUUGCAUUUCUGGCGCAUUCCCACUUGUCCUCAUCGUUGUAUACACAUUGUUUAUCGAUGGUAUAUUCUCGCACAAUAAGCCCCAAGAUGCCGCGUCCGGGAAGAGGAAGCUGAGAGGUCCUCACCGGUGGAAGGAUAGACUGUGGGAGAUGAACUGUGGCAUCCUAGGUCUCUUGCUGGCACAAGCAGUCACAUUCGUCAUGACACAGGCGCUGAAGACUGCGUGUGGAAAGCCGAGACCUGAUCUCAUUGACCGCUGCCAACCCCGUGAGGGGAGUGUGGACUUGUUCCCCGGACUGUCCAAUUCAACGAUCUGCACUGGAGACCCGGCCCUCAUCAAAGAUGGAUUCCGGUCAUGGCCUUCAGGCCACAGCUCGUCCUCCUUCGCCGGCCUGGUCUACAUUGCACUCUGGUUAGGAGGAAAGCUCCACAUUAUGGACAACCGCGGCGAAGCCUGGAAAGCUGUUCUCGUGAUGAUCCCCCUCCUUGCCGCGACUCUGGUAGCCGUGUCGCGUAUCAUGGACGCACGUCACCACCCCUUCGACGUGAUCACGGGCUCGAUGCUAGGAGCGGCUUGCGGCUUCGUCGCGUACCGCCAGUACUUCCCUCCUCUCACCGAAGCCUGGCGCAAGGGCCGCGCCUACCCGAUUCGCACUUGGGGAACCGAUCCUGCCGGCCCUGACUCGGUGCGAUUGAUGGGCAACAAGAUCGAUAGCUCAACUGCUCUUCGAAAUCCCGAGGCCGAGCGCAUGAACCCGAACCUUCCUGUCUCGGAACAUGACCAGCCCCAUCAUGCGCCUUCGGACUAUCUUACUGAAUCAAACCCCUACGCGUCCAAUAUGUACAAUCGCCGCCCGCACGAUCACGACGUCGAUGGUGGUGCUUGGUCUUCCAGUGAAGACGAUGUCACUAAUGGGUAUGAGAUGCGGCAUAAUUAUGCCAGGGCGCAGAAUCCGGGUGCCAGUCACUCUCUGCCUCAGUAUGAGAAUCCUUCGUAUGUCUCCCAGACUCAGCCACUGACGGGUGCGGAGAUGCACUCUGAGGCCAUGGCUGGUCCGGGGCGCCCGUUGACUGAUGUCCCCGGUCGGGCUAUGUAG